AGAGAGCCGUCAUGGUCAUGUCAGUGCCGUCCUCCUCUCCUCCAGCAACAGCGGCUCCGUACGUCGUGGAGGACUGUGGUGAUGCGCUGCAGGUUCUCAGCGACGGCACAAUCGUUCGCUCCGCGCCGCCGACCGCGCCUGUCCCUGACGACGGCCGCGUCCAGUGGAAGGACGCAGUGUACGACGCCGGCCGCGGCCUCGGCCUACGCAUGUACAGGCCGCGCCCGCGCCGCCGCGACGUGACGGAAACGGGAGAGGAGGAGGAGGAGAAGCUGCCCGUGCUCGUGUACUUCCACGGCGGCGGCUUCUGCGUCGAUUCCUGCUCCUGGCCCAAGACCCACGCCGUCUGCGUCCGCCUCGCCGCCGAGCUCCCGGCGCACGUGCUCUCCUUCGACUACCGACUAGCGCCGGAGCACCGCCUCCCCGCCGCCCACGAGGACGCCGCCAGGGCUCUCCUGUGGCUCCGCGACCAGCUGAUCGCCCCCUCCGACAACACGUGGCUCGCCGAGUCCGCCGACUCCCGCCGGGUGUUCGUCUCCGGCGUGUCCGCUGGCGGCAGCCUGGCGCACCACAUGGCCGUUCAGUUCGGCACGGCGGGGCUCGAACCGGGGGCAAACGUCGUCGGAUACAUCCUGCUCAUGCCGGGGCUUUUCUCGGCGGAGCCGACCAGGUCGGAGCUGGACACGCCGGAGACGGCGUUCCUUACGCAGGAGAUGUUCGAUAGGUUCUUCCGCCUGGAGAUGCCGGCCGGAGCGACAAGAGAUCACCCGCUGGUGAACCCAUUCGCCCCGGAAAGCCCGAGCCUGGAGGCCGUGUGCGUGGGCCGCAUGCUCGUUGUCGCCGCGGAGCGCGACUUCUUCAGGGACCGAAACGUGGAGUACGCCGAGCGGAUGAAGGCCAUGGGCAAGGACGUCGAGCUCGUCGUGUUCGCCGGCCAGGAGCACGGAUUCUUCGGCAUGGAUCCUGCUUCGGACGCCGACCGCGAGCUGGUGCGAGUCAUCAGGCGUUUCAUGGGGCGGCAAGGGAACGGAAAUUCACAUGAGGUGUGAGUUCAGGUGUUUCAUUCAGAUCCGUGUUACAAUGUGGAGCCAGUUCUAGUUGAUUUAUAACGGGUUAGAUGCAUUAAAGCUACACCCUCCGUUUCAAAUCUAAAGAAAGUUCUGCCGUUUUUCUAAAUCACAUGUAACGUUUUAGUGUGUUCAAUCAUCUCAGUUCGUCGUAUGUAUCCACAUUAA